UCUCUCAAUACUAGGAGUCCCUACCCGUGUGCAUAAGAACACAGUAAGAUUCCUCAAAUUCAUUCAUCAUCAAUUAUCUCAAAAAUCCACGCUUCCUAGUAAAAUUACCAUGUGGCAAAUUCGUCUGUUUCUGACUCUCCACUUCUUCCCACUCCACAGAGACAACUAAUUCGGUAAGAUAAAAACAAAUAAAUAUUUUUUUUUUUUUUUUUUUUUUUUUAAUAUCCAUGUGCCAUUAAUCUUGUUCUUCCUAACAUCACAUAUUCAAAAGUUUGACUCGGCGCAGUCUAGCACACCCUAUUAGAUCCGUGGCGGUUGUUCUAGUGAACAGGGUCAUGUUAUGGCAGAAGAUUUUCUGAAUUUUCGAUGACCAUAUGAUAAAUUUCACACCUUUAUAUUCAGUGAUGACUUCAUUUGCGUUCAAGAUUGGAUCUUGCAUAACCUAGAGCCAGAGCAGAGGGUGGUUGCCAUAGUAGAUUUUUCUUUUUUCCUUUUUUUUUUCUUCUUUUUUUUUUUAAUAAUUUCUAAGCAAGAUGCAAUCGAGGGUCGUGGCCCUUGAAGAAGGAAAGGAAAGAACUAACCAAUCCAAAGGUUUGCCUCUACGGCCACUGCGUCUACUUGUAUUGUUUCUUGCUCUAUGUGUUGUGUUCUCUGUUAUCAGCAUAUACACCAUCAAGCAUUUUGGAAUUGAGAGUGUGGUCACCACAGUGAGCUCGAGUUUUCAGCCAUGUUAUGAGGAACUGGGUGGUUUGGAUAAAUGGAUUAGGCCUCCUUCGAAGCUGAUCCACAAUAUGAGUGAUACAGAACUGCUGUGGAAAGCUUCCUUUGUUCCUCGGAUCAAGAAUUACCCUUUUCAAAGAGUUCCCAAGAUUGCAUUCAUGUUCUUGACUAAGGGACCGUUGCCUCUGGCACCCCUUUGGGAGAGGUUUCUGAAGGGACAUGAGAGGCUUUAUUCCAUAUAUAUUCAUUCACUGCCUUCGUUUCAUGCUCAAUUCCCUCCUUCGUCUGUCUUUUAUAACAGGCAAAUUCCUAGCCAGGUUUCUGAGUGGGGAAAGAUGAGCAUGUGCGACGCGGAAAGAAGACUACUUGCUAAUGCAUUGCUUGAUAUCUCCAAUGAGUGCUUCGUUGGUGCGUUUGAUGACCCUGGUCCAUUCGGAAGAGGGCGCUAUAAUGAGAACAUGGCCCCUCUGGUGAACAUCACAAAGUGGCGUAAAGGGUCUCAAUGGUUUGAAGUGAAUCGAAAGCUUGCCAUUAACAUUGUUGAAGACACUGCAUUUUAUCCAAAAUUUGAACGAUAUUGUAGACCAGCUUGUUAUGUGGAUGAGCACUAUUUCCCCACCAUGCUAACCAUUCAAGCAGGGAGUGUCUUGGCAAAUAGGAGCUUAACUUUUGUGGACUGGUCUAGAGGUGGAGCUCACCCUGCUACCUUUGGAAGAACAGAUAUUACUGAGGAAUUUUUCAAGAGAGUUCGUGGAGGUCACCAAUGCUUAUAUAACAAUCGAAACUCUUCAGUUUGUUUCCUUUUUGCUAGAAAAUUUGCUCCCAGUGCUUUGGAACCUUUGUUACGUAUGGUGGAUUCAAAGGUCUUGGUCUUCUGACAAAUAUUUUCACUUUCCAUUGGGCAACUACGGGAAAAUACACAUGUAGAAUGAAAUGAAAGUCUUUAGAAACUUACAUUAUAUGGCGCGUGACAUGGUGAUUGCCUGAUCGAUGAGUGCUAGGUGGGAGACAUGACCUCACUUCUCAUAAUACACCGUUGAGUCAUUUUUUUAAUGUAGAAAGGAGACGUAUUUUGAUCAUACAUCUGUUUAAUAUUAAUUGUUUGGAU